AUGUCGUCCAGUUCAGACGCAGUCCCUGCCCCCCCGGUGUCCGUUCCACGCCCGCAGGCGAACACAAUCCUGACAUCAUUCACAUCCUUUCUCACUAUUACGAUACACACAAUACUAUAUCACAGACGUUUGUACCCGAAGCAGACCUUUCUAAUGACCAAAGCCCAUAACCUUCCGGUCCCCCAGUCCCGCCACCCGGCUCUCUGCGAAUGGAUCAACUCGGCUCUUGCUGCCAUACAGGACCAGCUUGCACUUGGUACCGUCUCUAAAGUCUGCGUCGUUAUUCACGCCCCUGAUAACAUGGCCGUCAUUGAAAGAUGGGUCUUUGACGUCGCCAACUUUCCUGUCUGGGCUACGGGUAAGGGCAAAGAGAAGAUUGGCGCAGGACACAGGUUCCAGCGAAGGGAAGACGAUGACGAUGACGGAUCUGUCAACUGGAUUGACGUUAACGAGGCGUAUCGUGGUGCUCUGAGACGUCUUGCCUAUGCGGCAGAAAUGAAGGGUCCUCUGCCAGAGGGAUGCACCUUCACAAUGGCCGUUGAGCUUAGGGACGAGGCUCCAGCACCAAUAGGGCACCCGCAGCCUUGGAUUCCUUCUGAGCCAUCCCUUCAACCUGCUUCGAGGACGAAUCCAGUGCCGGGCAUAGCCAUUGGCGGCGCCUCUACCACGCCGCUGCGCUCCGUAGAGGCUGGCCCUCUCUUCUUCGAAUGCUGGAUUGAGGAAGGCAAACCACAGUCCUCUCCUCCUUCUACACAAGACUCCUAUUUUUCAUGA